ACCGUCAACAACCCAUUUCUUCAAGUUCUGAUUUUGUUUUCAUGGCAGUAUGGGGAUUAAGGAUUUAGGAUCAAUUUUUCAGCAUUUUUUGUUUGGGUUUUUUUAGAGAGAGUACUUGGGGAAACGGAAAUCAAGGGGUCUCCCUCCCUUUUUGGGGAUUGGAUCUUGUACUUAUAGAACUGUCACAUCUCUGAUCGUCUCUGGUGAAAAAGCAAGAAACUUCAUGAUCUGUUUCUGUUUUUCUGAACUUUGAUCUACAAUUUUGUCCCUUGAGCUGCGCUGCUGUACCUUCAUCCCUUUUCAUUCACAACAUCUGGGACAUGAACAUGUUGAAGAUUCGAGGUAACUGGUAGACUCAAUAGUUAUCUGAUAUUGCUUUGUUUUCUGGGUAUAUAUAUUCUGGAUCAGAUAAUUCAGAUCAAGCUUUCAUGGAGGAGAGGAAAUUCGUGUGCAAGUAUUGCAACAAGAAGUACCCGUGUGGGAAGUCUCUGGGUGGACACAUCAGAACUCAUAUGACUAAUGAACAUUCAUCACAUCAAUCCAAGGAAGUUAAGACCAAUGCCGAUGAUAGUGUCGCCAAGUUCGAUGGAGGAAGGAAGCGGAAGAGAGAUUUUGGUUCUGAAGAAGCUUCUUCUGAAAUCCCCAUUUAUGGUCUCAGAGAGAAUCCCAAGAAUACGACGAAGCUCCUACAUCCCAACUCUGCUAUACAAAAAGAAAGAUUCUGCAAAGAAUGUGGGAAAGGCUUUUUGUCUCUGAAAGCUCUCUGCGGCCACAUGGCUUGUCACUCGGAGAAAGAUAAAGGGACGAAGAACAAGUUUGAGAACAAUUCUGGGUUUAGCGGGAAGCAGAAAAUGGUGAUGAUGGAUAGCCAAUCGGACACAGAGACUUCUGCUCCGAGUUAUCCUAGGAGAUCCAGAAGAACGAGGUUCAAGACAGUGAAUACUGAUACAAAUGGUCACGCUUCUUCUGUUCCUUUGACGAAUGGUUCUUCCUCUGUGUCUGAGGUUGAGCAAGAACAAGAAGAGGUCGCUAAGUGUUUGAUGUUAUUGUCCAGAGACUCCGGCCAUAGGGGUCGUUUUGCCUUGCCUACUGAGUCUUCGGACAACAAUUCUGUGGUGGUAGAGGUAAAAUCACCGUCUGUGGACACGAGAAUCAAAUUAAAAAAUGGUAAGAAAAGCGUUAUGUCUAAUGGUGUUGAGAUGGUGGAGGAGAAGAAGAAGGCGGUACUGUAUAAGAGCAUGAAAGUGAAGUCUGCUGAGAUUGUUGAUUCUGAUAAUUCAGAUUCUGGGUAUUUCAGAAAUGGUCCCAAAAAGUUGGAUUUGGAUGUUCCGAUUGAUAAGCAUCUCAGAAGUAGGGAAUUCAAAACACCAAAAGUGGAAGACAGGUCUAGUUUUGAGUUUGAUCGGAAACACGACUCUGAAUAUGGGAAGAAGAUGCUGAUCAAGAACAGAGAAAGAACCAGAAGCACAGAACCGAGAAGACUAAUUUUGGAGGAUUUGGACUAUGAUACAACAGAUGGACUGUCAAGGGAAGAGUUCAUCAAUUGGAGAAAGAGGCCAAGCUAUAGUUCCAUUUUCCAAAACAAUUCAAUUGGUGUUUCUAGCAAAGAGACACCAAAUGGUUUUCAGAAUGAAGGAGCAUGGAAACAAGAGAGCUUAAACAGUGAAAAAAUUAUCAGCGGCUCUUAUGAUUCAGCAUAUGAUGACAGUGAUGAAAGUAGCACAGACACUGAUGCUUGUCCUGCUCCGAUAUCUCAUAGCAGCAAAGUCAUCAAUGGAAAAAAGAUCAGCAAGUCCAAGAAGAAAUUGAAGCCAAAGAAAAGCAGGGAGCAUAGAUGCCCCAUCUGCUACAAAAUUUUCAAGUCAGGGCAGGCAUUAGGAGGUCACAAAAGGUCUCAUUUUGUUGGAGGUUCUGAAGAGAACACCCUCGUGAUCAAACAAGAUUCUCCUGUUGUUCCAUGCCUGAUUGAUCUCAAUCUUCCUGCUCCUGUUGAUGAGUAGGAGAGAUUAACAUCUGGGCUUUGCUUCUUUUCAGCGCAUCUGCUAGCUUGGUAGUUGAAAAUACCUGAAAAUCUGAGACUGUUCUUGUCAUUAUCCCAUAUGAUGGAAGCCGUAAAAAUGUACAGACAAAUGGUUAAGACCUUUCUGGUUUGAAAUCUCAAGGCUUUAUCCAUUAUUUGGCAGAUGCUAGCUGUUUCUUUCAUGUUAAUGGAAGAUGACAAGUUCUUAGUUGAAAAUUUUGUUUCUCCCCAGGGAUUCAAUUCCUUUUCUGCAAUUCUUAAUUCCACCGUUCUUUGGUUCAAUUAAGGAAAUUUGUCCUUU